CCAAGUCCAUUGAUCUUCUCUCUGGUUGAUCUCCUUCACAAAUUCCCCCUUCGCCCAUUCCCGAUUCUUUCUGCGCCUUGCUGUCAAUCCGACCUCAUACACCCAUCACCAAUCACACGGCGCAACGCCUUUCUGUCGUCUGGUUAAUCUGUCCAUCACCACCCAUUCCCCGACUUUGCCGACGCACAUCAAGCCGCAAGCUCCUCACGUCGUGCAUGACUCGGAUAUCACUUUGAUAGAGGAACACAACCCCCGGGAAUCAUGGCGACGACGAAUGGCUCGUCCGGCUACGGUACGCCGCAGCGCGACGGCGCAAUGUCAAUGCCGCCGACCAAUGGCACCCCCAUAACACAGACGACGCCGGACGCGACAGGACCACCGGGAUACCCCGCUGCCACGAAUGGAAGGAAACGCAAGGCCGAUGGCACCUCAUCGCGCGGUGUCGCGAACCUCACGCCGGAGCAGCUGGCUAAGAAACGGGCCAACGACCGCGAGGCACAACGCGCCAUUCGCGAACGUACGCGCAACCAGAUCGAGACGCUGGAGCGACGCAUCAAGGAGCUCGAAAGCCAACAGCCAUUCCAAGAACUGCAGACUGCCCUUCGCCAGCGCGAACAGGUCCAGGCCGAGAACGACGACCUCAAACGACGCAUGCAGACCAUCUUCUCGUUGCUGCAGCCCGUUGCUGCCUCGCAGGGUCUGAAUGGUAGCAACCUUGCUGCUGCUACCGCUCAGCAAAGCCCUCUACCCAUGCCGCAACAUCAGCCUCAACAACCAUCUCAUCCGCCUCAAGCUCUUAUGUACCCCCAGCAACCACCACCCCAUUACGAACAACCCCCCUUCGCUCAGCACCACCUCCACCCCGACCUCCGUAAUAUCCAGCCAGUACAACAGCCUCAACCGCCUCGCCCGAACCAAUCUCCAGCCAGUGCCGCCAGGCAGUACGCCCAAGCUGCACAGGCUGCUCAAUUACAGCAGCAGCAGCAGCAGCAGCAUCAGCAACAAGUCCCACAACAGCAGCGCUUCUCUCCGCAUCAACACUUCCAGCCUACACUCGCCCCUGCAUUAGCACAACAACAGCAACACACGCAAAUGGGAGCAGAGAUGCCCAACCAAGGCUUCGGUAGCUUUUUGAUCGAAGAGCGCAAGGUGCGCCCGACAUCACCCUUGUUGCGCGAUCUGAUCCCUACAGCCAUGGCCGACGUGCCAGUGCACAUGCGCUUGCCACGUAACCAGGACGCUACCAACCAACUGGACAGUGUCAUGCUAGAUUUCAUGACCGAACGCCGCAAAGCUGCGGCACAGGGCACUCCGUCGUCUUCAUUAGUCGGCCCUGCUUACCCAUCCAUCUCAUCACUCCUCAACCCCGCUCGCGCGCCCAAGUCGCAUCCUCUGAGCAAACUCUUUACCGAUGUUCUGGCAAACCUUCCCGAAAUCGAUCAAAUCCCCGAGCAGGUUGCCUGCUUGUAUAUCAUGUUCUUGGUAAUGCGCUGGCGCAUCGCCCCUACUCAGGAGAACUUUGAACGCCUACCCGAAUGGAUUCGACCCAUCCGCUCCCAACUCGAAGUCAGCCACCCUAUCUGGUUUGACAACGUGCCAUGGCCUUGGAUGCGUGAUCGCAUGAUUAAAAACUGCGCAGCAUAUCCCAACGAGCGGUUUGGUCCUCUUUAUUGCCAGAGCCUAUCGCUGAACUGGCCGUAUGAUCCACAACAAUGCCUCUUGCCCCGUGCAAACAGCGUGCAAGGCGCCGAGGCCACUUCGGCUGCUGUUCUGGACGACGAUGAAGAAUUCAUGAUCAACCCUGUUUUCGAAUCUCAUAUGCGCAACCUCAGCAAUUGGUCUGUUGGUUCCGCAUUUGCCAAUAACAUGCCGGAGCUGGUUGAAGGCGUUCGCAUCAAGGACAGGUAAAUUUACCAUCACCACCUUCCUUGAGAUUUCCAUGCUGCUACGAUGCUCAAUGACUUUUCUCAUUCAAAUCCACGUACGGCACUGAUACGCGAGCCUAUUAGCAUUACAAGAUCGCCCACACGGAGCUCUUCAUCACUUGAUGCGUACAUGUCCGAGUCCGCCUACUGAGCCGAGCUCGUGCCAGAGCUUACAGUCAACUUCUCUGUCAACUGUCAUAAAACUAAAGACGAUACGAGAAGCUCGUUAGAGUUCAACAGGAACCUUGAAUCGGCGAAUAAAACCAUAGAAGCGCGCUCUAGGUGGGAGACAUUCUGUUCUUCUAAUUCCAAUACCAAAAGUCAAUAACUGUAACUUCUUCACCUUGCUUCCC